GGGGCCUUCAGGGACACUGAUGUGUAUGACUCCCAUUAAAUUUCUUCUCAGUUCAUUGAUUUACUCACAUGACUUGCAUAAUUUGAAUUCUUUAUUAUUACUAUUAUUAAGAUUUAGUAAUUUUUGGCCGCCAAAUGGCCCGUAACGCUGGUGGAGACAGACAGAUUCCUGUGUGACAGCACCAGAUCAUACAACACCAACACUGAACGCUAACCGGCUAGCUUUAGCAGCGCAUAUUAACUCUGUUAAUCAUGGACUUAAAUGAAGUGCUGUCGCAACUUGAAACGGACAAUGAGGAGGAAAUCGAGAAGCUUCUGCAGCAGUAUAAUCAAGAGAACAGUUGCACUUUCACGUUUGAUACAAAAGAAGAAAAACUACGGAGUAAGCUCUGUCAAAGUCUCAUCACAGUCCUUGGGAAGCAGAUGCAGCGUAGGUGCCAAAAGACAUGCCUGGAGACACUCCGCAUCCUGUCUAGAGACAAGCGUGUUCUUGCACCUGUAGCCACCAGGGAAGGCAUGUUGGUCCUGGCGGGUCUGGCCCGGCUGCAGCUCACUGAGGAAGGAGGUGACACCCAGUCAGAGGAGGAUGAGGAUGAACAGGAAAGGGUGGUGGUGGUGGAGGCCUUGAAGUGUCUAUGCAAUGUGAUGUACAACAGUGCUGCAGCUCAGCAGGUCAGCGUAGAUGUACAGCUGGCUAGUAGCCUCUGCAGAAGUCUGCGUACCCCCCGCGCACAGAACCACGAGGUGGGUUUGUUCACGCUGCGCCUCCUCUUUCUGCUGUCUGCGCUGAGGCCUGAUGUCCGAGGGUCCUUACGGAGAGAGUGGCAUGCAGUCAGACUACUUACAGAGGUGAUGGAGCACACCCUGGGUGUGCGCUGGGUCGGACCAUAUGAAGUGGCCCGUCUUGAUCCACAGGCUCUGCCUUUGCCUGCAGAGGACAAUGAGAGAGCAAUGGAAUCACUCAAAGCCUUGUUUAACCUCACACUGUCCAACACUGAUGGUGAGGAGGAUGACCACCAGUUCCGCCUUAUCGCUGCCAUCCUGCGUCACCUGUUGAUGCUGAAAACUGAAUCGGAGGAGAAAACAGAGGAGGUUCACAGCCAUGCUGUCAACCUGCUUAAUAACCUGCCUGUGUCCAGCCUGGAUGUGUUGAUUAAUGUACCAGUGCACGGAGGACUAGAGAAAUAUAACGGGAAGAACAUGGAUGCAAUACAGAGGCUGCUAGAUUUUAUGGAGAAAAGGAUUGACAAGCAGGGUUCCAACUACAAAGAGGGCCUGACUCCGGUACUCAGUCUUUUGACUGAAGGGUCCAGACACAACAGAGAGAUUCGCAGAUACAUCAAAGCUCAGGUACUUCCCCCAUUGAAAGAUGUGAAAAUCAGGCCAGAGGUCGGCACUGCCAUUAGAAACAAAUUGGUCCGGCUCAUGACCCAUGUUGACAUGGGUGUAAAACAGACUGCUGCAGAGUUUCUUUUUGUUCUCUGCAAAGAGAGUGUGGACAACCUUUUGAAGUACACAGGUUAUGGUAAUGCAGCAGGGCUGCUUGUGGCUCGAGGACUUCUGGCAGGAGGGAGAGGAGAGACGCAGUACUCGGAUGAUGAAGACUCGGACACAGAAGAAUACAAAACUGCAAAACCCUUCAUCAACCCCAUCACGGGUCAUUUUGAAGAGCCGAUGCCAAAUCCCAUUGAAGAAAUGACUGAAGAGCAAAAGGAGUACGAAGCCCAGAAACUUGUCAGUAUGUUUGACAAGUUGUCAAGGCAGAAUGUGAUUCGUCCCAUGGGAGUGAGGCCAGACGGGACGCUAGCGCCUCUCGAAGAAACUCUGUGCGAGCUGCCCGAGGACACAUCGGGGUCAGACUCUGACUAGCGCACUGCACAUUUUGCAGAAUCAAAAGCUGUUUCAAUUCUAAGGAGGCGGCCUACAGGGGCGGGGCCCUCAGUGGAGCUGAAGGUCAGACUGAGUCCAGCUUCACGUGGUGUGUUCAGGCUCUCUUUAGUUUCUUGUAAAGUCACAUAUUUUCACAUUUAUCACGAGAACAUUGUCCUAAAACCACUAAAGUGAAAAUGUCAGCUCUUGGUUUGAAAAAGCUUCUGAACUGACACCUUAAAGCAACGGAAGACUUUCCAGUAGCACAGUAACAGGAACGCACCAGGAGCCCUUCUGAUUUACUGUACUUUUUUUUUACUGGAUAUUUUUGUAUUUCAACCUGAACAGUGACCUUAAAACACUAAUUGGGUCUGAAUAAGCAAUCAUUAGUAAACCAGUACUUUGGUUGGUGACAGUUUUCGCUUUAAAAAUACUGUGUCCAUAAAUGUGAGGGUCAGCUGAAAAGUUCUGCCUCCAAGGCGAUUUCAGUAACAAGCAAGAUGUCAAAGUGAAAUUGGUACGAGAAUAAUCCUUCACUUAAUAUUGCUACACAAAAUGUUUUUCAACUGCAGUUUCAGACCUAUUCAGAACUGCUUUCAUUGCAACAUAUGUGCAUGUGCACCGUAGUCGCUUAAAAAAAUAAAUAAAAUGGUGACAUAAGUGGAUGUGCCUGUGAAACAACAUUCCGUUAAUGAAUUCCUCGUGGUGGAGGGCCGCAAAUGUGAACAUUCAUACCAGGCCCAUAGGGGGCGCACCAUAACAACCACAGAUGCACAUCAAUCGAGUGCGGUUGUGACGGCAUAGGCCUCAGAGUUUUUGUAACACUGUAAACUCCAACCAAUAUAUGGACACUUUGCAAAGUUCUUGUAGCGGGUUCAUCCUAUUUUACAAGAUCUUACUGUACAGUACAGAUCUGUCUGAUGACUUUUUCCCCUUUUCCCCAAGCUGAAAGAGCUUCUGAAGGGGCAGUUACACUAAUGACGCAGCUGUGUGUCGCUGCUGCUGAGAGACGGCACCUGAUUUCUUCACUGAUGAGAUGCAAAAAACGUGUUCGCCAUUAGUGUAGGUGUGUGGAAAGGGACGGUGACUACAUGGAAAAAUGACUGCCUGAAUAGAGAUCAUUCCAAUACAAGCUUUAAGCAGAUGUGCGACACGAGUAUCUUGCUUGAUAUUGAAAUAAUCGUGUCAGUUGCAGAACCUUUCAGCCAACUGUCGUAUUUGGACAUAGAAAGUUUAGAAUUUUUACUGUCUGCUUCAGUAUGUUUGAGUUAAAAACAAAAAUGAGCUCCAAAUGCUAAAUUUGAGGGAAACUUGUCACCACCUCCUGUAAAAAAAAAAAAAAAAAAAAAAAAAAAAAAAAAGUGGAGAGGCUAAGAUGAUAAAUUAAGACUUCAGGUUUCAGAGUGUAAACCCUGGCUGGGUUUCUGCAGCUGUUUUCAGUCUUUUUUUUUUCUCUUGGGUUAUCUUCAGUAUGUAAAACACAUGCUGAACUAAAUUUGGGUCAUGUGAUCAAUUUGGCUGUUUUAGAACAUUCCACUUUUUGCCUUUAAAAGUUGUGAUUUGCUCAAUGUUGACUCUUAAUGCUAUUAAAACUGCAAAUUCAGCACUUUUGUUCUCAUUUGUUUUUAACUCCAAUGUGCAGCAGGAGACAGCAAAGAUGUCAAACUUUGAUGCCGCCCCAGAAUUUAAACUGCCUUUAAAAACAUGUUAAGAUGGCCUGUCCAAAAUUAACUUGUCAUUAUUUGAAUAUGUAGCACGGUGAGUCUGUCUUGUGCUGAGUAAUGCAUGCUGUACGGCACGUACCAACACCAUUUUCCAAAUUCAGGGGUUUUUGGCACAAUGUCUUUCACUGAUCCAGCUUUUAUGGACAGCAGCUGAUUGUUUCUGCCUGUUGUGAAUUCUUGGUUUGUGUAAAGUGAAAUGAUUUUUCUAUCCAUGUACAGUACCUUUUCUUUUGCCAGAUCUGCACAAGGAAACCUUUCACUAUGAUUUUUGUAUCUUGAGAUCUUGCUGGCUUUAUAUAAAUCCAAACGAUUGCUCCA